AUGUCUGUCUUCGCCCUUGCCCCCAAGCCAGCCAGCCUACUUGGCUACCACCGAGUACUGGCACCAUCGGCUGGUAUCAAGGUAUCGCCGCUGUGUCUCGGGACCAUGAAUUUUGGGACUACCUGGAAGGAUUUUAUGGGUGAAUGCAGCAAAGAGCAAUCGUUUGCAUUGCUUGAUGCUUUCUACAACGCAGGCGGCAACUUUUUAGAUACAGCGAACAACUACCAGCAGGAGGAAUCUGAAAUGUGGAUUGGCGACUGGAUGAAAGAGCGCGGGAACCGUGAGCAGAUGGUCAUCGCAACAAAAUACACAACCGGAUUCCGCACCUCGCAUCGCGACACCGAGCCCAUCCAGUCCAAUUACGUGGGCAAUUCCAUCAAAAGCAUGCGCGUCUCCGUCGAGCAGAGCCUGAAAAAGCUGCAGACAGACUACAUUGAUCUUCUCUACGUGCACUGGUGGGAUUUCACCACCUCCGUUGAGGAAGUCAUGCACGGGCUCAACAAUCUCAUCGUCUCUGGCAAGGUGCUCUACCUGGGCAUCUCAGACACACCGGCUUGGAUUGUCGUCAAGGCGAACGAUUACGCUCGAUCGAACGGCUUGCGUCCGUUCUCGGUGUACCAAGGUAAAUGGAAUGCUGGGUUUAGGGAUAUCGAGCGGGAGAUUCUCCCCAUGUGUCGGGACCAGGGAAUGGCUAUUGCGCCGUGGGCGCCGCUUGGGCAGGGGAAAUUCAAGUCUGCCGAGGCCCGUAGUGGUGGGGAUGAAGCCGGGAGUGGAAGGGCUGCCAAUCUGAGCGAGCAUGAUAUCAAGGUAUCAGAGGCUUUGGAGCGAGUUGCGAAGAGCAAAAACACAAAUCUCCAUGCAGUUGCCCUGGCAUACGUCAUGCACAAAACCCCCUAUGUCUUCCCGAUCAUCGGCCAACGCAAAGUCGAGCAUCUCAAGGCAAACAUCGAGGCAUUGAGCGUGACGUUGUCUGGUGAAGAUCUCGCUCAAAUUGAUGCUGCAUCUUCGUUUGAUAUUGGAUUCCCCAUGAACUUCAUCUUCCGUGAUAGUUACGCAACCAACAGUACUGCGGCAGAUGUCUUUUUGACCAAGGUGUCUGCGCAGAUUGACGCUCCCCCGCAUGCUUUGCCUGUGCAGGCGCGUCGGGAGGUUUAG